AUGAGAGGCGGCCCCAGAAGUAUCGAGGAGCUCCUGUAUCAGAAGUUGCUGGAAAGCGCGGGUUUCCACCGUUUUGUCCGGCGAAUUUACUAUAAGGUCAACGGGCUGCAAGAACCGAUGAAUAAGGAAACCAGAUCGGUCUCAGCCGACCAAAUUUUUAGACCUACCAAAACCCAAAAAUUCAAAGCGUUCAGGACACUGUUUUGGGACGAGCUGAGAUCAACUUUCGGCUUUCAAAGACGAUUUAACAAGAAGUUUUAA